UUCUCUUUCUACUGCUAGGUUAAAUCUGCCUUGCCGGUAAAGACCCGGUUUGGUCCUUCAGUAGUCAAAGCUAAGAAAAAUGGUGGCCGAGGAGCGUGUCUCGCAGAAGAAGAAGGACUACCGCAAGCGCCUGGGUCAGUACCUGCAGACCUAUGAGAAGGCGUUCAUUGUCAACGCGGACAAUGUGGGCUCUAAGCAGUUCAUGGAUAUCCGCAAGGCUCUGCGCCCCAACAGCGUCAUCCUGAUGGGCAAGAACACCAUGAUGCGCUACUGCGUGGAGAAGUACCUGGAGGAGACCGGCGACAACCGCUGGGAGUGCCUGGUCAAGCCCGGCAAGAAGGGUCUGCUGGAGGGCAACGUCGGCAUUGUCUUCACCAACGGUGACCUGAACCAGGUCAAGGAUGAGAUUGCCAAGUACAAGGUCGGCGCCCCCGCCCGUGUGGGUGCCACCGCCAACGAGGACGUCAUCAUCAAGGCCGGCGGCACGGGCAUGGACCCCUCGCAGACCUCUUUCUUCCAGGCCCUGGGCAUUGCCACCAAGAUUAACAAGGGUACCAUUGAGAUUGUGUCCGACGUCGUGGUCGUGAAGACCGGCGACCGUGUGGGCGCUUCCCAGGCUACCCUGCUGGCCAAGCUGGGCAUCAAGCCCUUCAAGUACGGCCUGCAGAUCACCAAGGUGAUUGAGGGUGGCGCCGUGUACGACCCCGCCGUGAUGGACAUCACCGACGAGGACAUGAUGUCGUCGGUGCUGACCGCCAUCCGCGAGGUGGCCGCGCUGUCGCUGGGCGCCAAGUACCCCACCCUGGCCGCCGCGCCCCACGUCAUCAUCGACGGCUACAAGAACGUGCUGGCCGUCGCUCUGGAGACCGACUACACCUUCCCCCUGGCCCAGAAGGUCAAGGACUACCUGGCCGAUCCCUCCAAGUUCGCCGUCGCUGCCGCCCCGGCUGCUGGUGGCGCUGCCGCCCCGGCCGCCAAGAAGGAGGAGCCCAAGAAGGAGGAGCCCUCCGAGGAGGAGGACAUGGGCUUCUCGCUGUUCGACUAAGCGGCCGUAUCGGCUGCGCGGUUGUAGCAGCAGGACGCUGGGCGCCCUUUACUGGGCGCACGGCGUUCGUGCUACCACAGCGGGGUUGUGGAGCGGCACUGGUCUGCGCAAGGCGUAAAGCCAAGCUGUAACCAUGAAGCCUCUCUU